CAAUCAGCUGUUUUCCUGUCAACGCUGAUGAGGGGGGGGGCCGGUCUCAAUUCCGCCCAAAUUCUUGAUUACCGAAAAUAGUGCUUUUAUAUUUUUAUAAAAAAUUACAAACAAAAUUGACGUUAAGGAACGGUCCAAUUUUGAUACCGCCAAAAUCACGAAGGGAGAAAAUGUUAAACGAUGGUGCGAGAGGUUCUGUUCCGUCCGAAGUGGCCGAGGCUGAUGUGCGCGAAGACGAAGAACAAGCUGUUAAAUUUAAUGAAAUCGUCGAUCUUCUGGUGGCUGCUGGAUAUUUCAGAGCCAGAAUCAAAGGAUUAUCCAAUUUCGACAAGGUUGUCGGAGGAAUGACUUGGUGCAUAGAAUCCUGUAAUUUCGAUGUGGACGUAGAUUUGCUUUUUCAAGAAAAUUUGACGAUAGGACAAAAGAUUGCCUUAACAGAAAAGAUAGUCGUCAUGCUGCCAAAGAUGAAUUGUCCGCAUCGAAUUGAACCUCAUCAAAUCCAGGGAUUGGAUUGCAUUCAUAUAUUUCCAGUCAUCCAAUGGCUUGUAAAACGUUCAAUGGAAAUGCGAGAAGAAAGAGCGAGUUACUUGCGUUCUUUUGCGAUUGAACAGUUCAACAAGCAUCACAAAUUUUCUGAUGACCAUCCAGAAUUACCGGUCGACGAUAUUAUACCAAAUGUGCAAAUGGUGAAGCGUGCCUACGAUCCAAGACGACGUUUCAAGCGUCGCGACGCUGCACCCAAGGACGACAUAGCAAAAAUUCGGAGUACUUUAUUGGAGUACGGAUCUAUGGCGAUUCCAGCAACUUCCUCAUCAAUCGUAGAUUCAGAUAAUACUACUCAAGAAUCAGAAGAAAUGGUUACCACGAAAGAAUUCAAGGAUUCUCGUAACGAAUCACGAGAGGUACAGUUUGAAGAGGAUCGUCUGAGCGCCAGUGCCGUAGGGAAUAUUGUCGGUAUGCAAGCACAAGAGAUUGUCCAAGUUGCUGAAAAAUACGCGUCAAUGUCAAUAUCUGAGCGAGAAGAUAACGAGAACGAAAUUGGUUAUUCGCGUGCUCGCGCAGCUCUUGAAAAACAACGAAGCAUUUUGCAGAAUCGAAUGAGCAAAAUAGUGGAAGACCGAGAUGCUCUGACCGAAAAGCUUGCCGAUGCGAUCGAACAAUCGGAAAAGACGCGAACAAAGAGAAAAUCAAUCGAGGACGCCUUUUUGGCAAUGGAAAAUAUGGAAACCGAUGAUAAAAAAGAAACGAUAAAAACACUGGAAGAGCUUCUGGUGGUGCACACUGGAUUGAAAGAACAAGAGCACAAAUUCCGUGAGCAGUGUAAAAACGAAUUGUCGAAUCUUCAAAGAAUGGUGCAGGAAAUUGAGACGGGAGAACCGCACGAGGAACAAAGCCGCGUUGCCGAAUACGACGAGGUCAAGGCAGCAAUCAAUCGAACAAGACUUUUACUUGCCAAGAAAAACCGAGCUAUUGCUUCUCUCACGAGGCAAUUGGAUGACGUGCCAGGAAGAUCCGAGUUAACGCAGUAUCAGAGGCGAUUUAUGGAACUUUAUAAUCAAGUUUCGGCCAAACACAAGGAAACCAAACAGUACUACACGUUAUACAAUACUUUGGAUGACACGAAAUUAUAUUUGAGCAAAGAAUUAUCCCUGCUCAACUCGAUUCAAGACAAUUACAACGAGGCGAUGGCUUCGACGAGUGGAAAAGAACAAUUUCUGAAGCAAUUCGAAGCAAUAAUCGCAGGAGUUAAGAGGAAUAAAGAGAAGGUUGAACGCCGAUGUGCAGAUGAAAAAGACCGAAGGUAUGCUCUUAACCGUCAACUCGUAAGUCUAAUGGAGCAACAGAGAAAAUAUGUAGCCGCGGUUAGACAGCUAACGAUCGAGUGUCGUAAAAACGAAGCGUUACUUGCACAACUUCGAGCUCCUUAAUCACUUGGUUUCAUCCUUUUCCCCUUCUCCAACUGACAAUAUCGAAAUAUGCUUUUUGUAAUGCGUUGUAAUCAAUUGAUAAUAAAUCAAAAACAAUCAAUAAGUAAA